AUGAUGGCCUGCCCCGCCGCCACCACGGCUCGCAUCGGGGCGCGGAGAGGGCCGUGCCUGUGGAGGAGCAAGAGGAGCGCCAGCGUCCUCGUCGGUUCCGCGUCCUUGCUCCCGGACCGCCCGGCCCGGGGCACGAGGGCGCGCGCCUCGGAGCUGCAGCAAGCGCCCCGCCCGGCCUCCACUACCGUCCCCACUCACAAGGUCACCGUCCACGACCGCCAGCGCGGGGUCGUCCACGAAUUCGUCGUGCCCGAGUUACCAUUUCAGAAAGAAAUACUGGGUUUUGCAGCUUAUUAUCUUGACUCCUGA